AUGAUAUUACCCGAUAUUGAAUCGAGUCAAUUGCAAGACGAAGCACGCAAACGUAAAGAACGUUUAGAACAAUGGAAAAAUAAGAAAAUUUUAAAACGAAAGAAGAACGAUGAUAGUGACGGUGAAGAGAAGAAAGAUGACGAAGAGGACAAUGAACCGAUGGAAUUUCCAAAACCUAUAUUUCGAAAUUAUAAACCAAUUAGCAAAGACUUAAAUGCUAUUCUAUUACCCAAACCAAAAUUAAUCGAUAUUAAACCUAUGAUUGAAGAUGUUGGCUCAGGAGAGACGAAUGGUCCUCCUCCUAUUGAUGAUGUUGAUUUGACGACAUUAGCUCCACGUAAACCAGAUUGGGAUUUAAAACGUGAUGUUGAGAAGAAGCUAAAACGUUUAGAAAAACGCACAACACGUGCAAUAGCUGAAUUAACUCGUCAACGAUUAUUAAUUGAACAGAAAGGUUCACAUGGAGCGGUGGAUUUUGCCGAAAUUAUAUCAACAACAUCAAGAAUUAAUCAACAUCAAGAAGAUGAUGACGAUUAA